CGAGUAAAGGGACAACCAUGACCUAACCCGGAGCUUGUCACACAUCACUUUGUUUACAUGACGUCAUAGCUCGUAGCUCCGCCCCCGGUGAAGCUCCAAUGGGACGCGUCCACCUUACCUUACCGGACCCGGAUAUCCGGUGUGCAGACACUGACUCGGCUCCUGGAGCAGGCAGGAUGGUUUAUAUAUCUAACGGUGAGCGAUACCGGCAGCACAGAGUGACUAAUGCAGAGGGUCUCCGCCCGGCCAUACCGGCUGUAUCUAUACACAGGCUCUCUAUACACAGGCUCUCUAUACACAGGCUCUCUAUACACAGGCUGUCUAUACAGGGUGUGUACAGGCUCUCUAUACAGGGUGUGUACAGGCUCUCUAUACAGGGUGUGUACAGGCUCUCUAUACAGGGUGUGUACAGGCUCUCUAUACAGUGUGUACAGGCUCUCUAUACAGGGUGUGUACAGGCUCUCUAUACAGGGUGUGUACAGGCUCUCUAUACAGGGUGUGUACAGGCUCUCUAUACAGAGUGUGUACAGGCUCUCUAUACACAGGCUCUCUAUACAGGGUGUGUACAGGCUCUCUAUACACAGGGUGUGUACAGGCUCUCUAUACACAGGCUCUCUAUACAGGGUGUGUACAGGCUCUCUAUACAGGGUGUGUACAGGCUCUCUAUACAGGGUGUGUACAGGCUCUCUAUACAGGGUGUGUACAGGCUCUCUAUACAGGGUGUGUACAUUCUCUAUACAGGGUGUGUACAGGCUGUCUAUACAGGGUGUGUACAGGCUGUCUAUACAGGGUGUGUACAGGCUGUCUAUACAGGGUGUGUACAGGCUGUCUAUACAGGGUGUGUACAGGCUCUCUAUACAGGGUGUGUACAGGCUCUCUAUACAGGGUGUGUACAGGCUCUCUAUACAGGGUGUGUACAGGCUCUCUAUACAGGGUGUGUACAGGCUCUCUAUACGGGGUGUGUACAGGCUCUCUAUACGGGGUGUGUACAGGCUCUCUAUACGGGGUGUGUACAGGCUCUCUAUACGGGGUGUGUACUGGCUCUAUACGGGGUGUGUACAGGAUGUCUAUACGGGGUGUGUACAGGAUGUCUAUACUGGGUGUGUACAGGCUGUCUAUACAGGGUGUGUACAGGCUGUCUAUACAGGGUGUGUACAGGCUGUCUAUACAGGGUGUGUACAGGCUGUCUAUACAGGGUGUGGGCCAGGCUGUCUAUACAGAGUGUACAGGCUGCCCAUAUACAGAGUGUACAGGCUGUUCAUACAGAGUGUGUACAGGCUCUCUAUACGGGGUGUGUACAGGCUCUCUAUACAGGGUGUGUACAGGCUCUCUAUACAGGGUGUGUACAGGCUCUCUAUACAGGGUGUGUACAGGCUCUCUAUACGGGGUGUGUACAGGCUCUCUAUACGGGGUGUGUACAGGCUCUAUACGGGGUGUGUACAGGCUCUCUAUACGGGGUGUGUACAGGCUCUCUAUACAGGGUGUGUACAGGCUCUCUAUACAGGGUGUGUACAGGCUCUCUAUACAGGGUGUGUACAUUCUCUAUACAGGGUGUGUACAGGCUGUCUAUACAGGGUGUGUACAGGCUGUCUAUACAGGGUGUGUACAGGCUGUCUAUACAGGGUGUGUACAGGCUGUCUAUACAGGGUGUGUACAGGCUGUCUAUACAGGGUGUGUACAGGCUGUCUAUACAGGGUGUGUACAGGCUCUCUAUACAGGGUGUGUACAGGCUCUCUAUACAGGGUGUGUACAGGCUCUCUAUACAGGGUGUGUACAGGCUCUCUAUACAGGGUGUGUACAGGCUCUCUAUACAGGGUGUGUACAGGCUCUCUAUACAGGGUGUGUACAGGCUCUCUAUACAGGGUGUGUACAGGCUCUCUAUACAGGGUGUGUACAGGCUCUCUAUACAGGGUGUGUACAUUCUCUAUACAGGGUGUGUACAGGCUGUCUAUACAGGGUGUGUACAGGCUGUCUAUACAGGGUGUGUACAGGCUGUCUAUACAGGGUGUGUACAGGCUGUCUAUACAGGGUGUGUACAGGCUGUCUAUACAGGGUGUGUACAGGCUUCUAUACAGGGUGUGUGCAGGCUGUCUAUACAGGGUGUGUACAGGCUGUCUAUACAGGGUGUGUGCAGGCUGUCUAUACAGGGUGUGUGCAGGCUGUCUAUACAGGGUGUGUGCAGGCUGUCUAUACAGGGUGUGUGCAGGCUGUCUAUACAGGGUGUGUGCAGGCUGUCUAUACAGGGUGUGUGCAGGCUGUCUAUACAGGGUGUGUACAGGCUGUCUAUACAGGGUGUGUGCAGGCUCUCUAUACAGGGUGUGUGCAGGCUCUCUAUACAGGCUCUCUAUACAGGGUGUGUGCAGGCUCUCUAUACAGGGUGUGUACAGGCUGUCUAUACAGGGUGUGUACAGGCUGUCUAUACAGGGUGUGUGCAGGCUGUCUAUACAGGGUGUGUGCAGGCUCUCUAUACAGGGUGUGUGCAGGCUCUCUAUACAGGCUCUCUAUACGGGGUGUAUGCAGGCUCUAUACAGGGUGUGUGCAGGCUCUCUAUACAGGGUGUGUACAGGCUCUCUAUACGGGGUGUGUACAGGCUGUCUAUACGGGGUGUGUACAGGCUGUCUAUACGGGGUGUGUACAGGCUGUCUAUACGGGGUGUGUACAGGCUGUCUAUACGGGGUGUGUACAGGCUGUCUAUACGGGGUGUGUACAGGCUGUCUAUACGGGGUGUGUACAGGCUCUCUAUACGGGGUGUGUACAGGCUCUCUAUACGGGGUGUGUACAGGCUCUCUAUACGGGGUGUGUACAGGCUCUCUAUACGGGGUGUGUACUGGCUCUAUACGGGGUGUGUACAGGAUGUCUAUACGGGGUGUGUACAGGAUGUCUAUACUGGGUGUGUACAGGCUGUCUAUACAGGGUGUGUACAGGCUGUCUAUACAGGGUGUGUACAGGCUGUCUAUACAGGGUGUGUACAGGCUGUCUAUACAGGGUGUGUACAGGCUCUCUGUACGGGGUGUGUGCAGGCUCUCUGUACGGGGUGUGUGCAGGCUCUCUGUACGGGGUGUGUGCAGGCUCUCUGUACGGGGUGUGUGCAGGCUCUCUGUACGGGGUGUGUGCAGGCUCUCUGUACGGGGUGUGUGCAGGCUCUCUGUACGGGGUGUGUGCAGGCUCUCUGUGGCAAAACUAGCCACUUAAGACUAGCCAUAUUGAAUGCGUGUGUAUCCCUGUUUCAGCUGGGAGAACCAAGUGUAUUACUGUAUGUGUCCUUCAGAAGAAUGAGGGCGUUCGUAUGCUUACAGUAUGGAAAACCCAGCUUUCUUAAUGUAGUUUCACAAACAGUGAGUUUCAACACUGUUCGUGAAACUAAUAAACUACCGAAUGGUCGACCACACACAAGAGGUCGUGUGGCGCCCAUUAACCGAUUGCAACAUUGUUGCAAUCGGUAGUUAAAGGCUUCCCUGGGUGGCCGCCGUUCGACUACCUACCACGCGGUGGUCGGCAAUCUUGGAUCCUUUGUUAGCCCAGCGGUGUUUUGCAGUCGAGCGUCUGGAACUAAAAUCAGCUACUCGACCGCUCAAACAACGCUGGACUUCCAGGCCGUUCGGGAGCCCCGGUCGUUCGGUAGUUUGUUCCCCUAAUACCAAUCGGUAGUUUUGCAAUGUGUUAGAAAUAAAGUGUAUUUCGUGCGGCGUUCGGUUAGUUAGACUGGUAGCUGAGCGGUAUUCUCACGAACUGUGCCUAAGCCUCCAGCUAUCUACCGAACGUCCAUUCGUGUAAAUCAGGGGAAUAUUAUUAAAGUUAUACAUUUUAAUGUAAAAUGUAAGUUCUGCUGCACGGAGGGAUAAUCCACUUAACGGUAUAUUCUAGUGGGAGUAUCCCUCUCGUGCAGCAGUGCAUGGUGGGAGAAAUGUAUGUGUUUGUCAGUUCCCCAUGUAGUCCCCUACUGUACCACCCCUGGAAUGUCAGUAGGGAAACCCCUUGCAUGGGGAAUCCCAUAAAUACAGUGUCCUGUGAAUAAAACCUCAGUUGACUCCCAGCCUAUGUGUCGUCUAGUUCUUGGGAAGGAAGGAUUCUUAUAACGCUACCGGGAUUAUUGUAUGCUGUAUUUAUUGCCUUGGAUUAUUUUAUGCUGUUCCUGUUACCCAGCAGAGAUACUGUGGAUUGUACUACCUCUCCGCUACACUCUAUAAAGGGUGUGUACAGGGUAUAUUGAGGGUUUAUUAACUAAAUUGUAGAGAGUGAAAUUUUACUAACAGGGUUAUUCACUAAAGUCUGAAUGUCCUCGUACCGAAUAGGGCCCAAAAUCCUGGUACAUACCGCGCCGCUUGGAUUGCAAAAUCCAGAUAUUGUCCGCGCUGUUUAAUCUGGUCCGCCUGACGGCCUUAUCCGGACCGACUGCUUCAAAUCCAAACUGUUAUACUGACAGCACUAGCAGCCAGCAGGCAAAUAGUUAAUUAUUCGGCAACUGGUCAGCACUUGCUAGCCAAGCCGACGGGUAGGAUCCCUAUCAUUAAUAGGGGGUGGGACUAAUUUCCUGCCCCGACCCAUGAGUGACAAGUUGGGACCCCAGUGUUAAUAAUGGGGAGGAUCUAGUGUCCCAUCAAUGGACGACAGGUGGGGGCCUAAUGAAAUCUAAAAAAGGGGGGUUGUUAUGAUAUAUAUGUCCCUGUCCACCAUUUUCCUGCAGUGUAAAUCAUUACAGUUUUAGAGAAACUGCAAUAAUUAUCUUGCAUGAGUAAGACUGCCUUUAAUGGCUGUAGCGGAGCGGCAGUAUUAAAUCCCACAAUCUCCGCUGAUAUAGAAGGUAAUCCAAAGUAAAGCGCUGGAAAGCAAGGCAAUAUUCCAAAUCUCCCAGUAAUCGGACGAAACACAGUUCUGAGAGUCAACUGAGGCUUUAUUCACAGGCUCCACAAUUUAUACAAUUCCCCAUGCAAGGGGUUUCCUGAGUCCUAUCCCAGGGGUGGACUACGUGGGGAAAUUACAGUACAGAGCAUUUUUCCCAUCAGGCACUGCUGCACGAGAGGGAUCCUCCCACUGGAAUGUACCGUUAAGUGGAUUAUCCCUCCGUGCAGCAGAACCGGCAAUUUAUAUUAAAAUAUACAACUUUUCGAAUAUUAGGUCUAUUUGCACGAAUGGACGUUCGGUAGAUAGCUGGGGUCUGAGCGCAUCAUUCGUGAGAUUACCGCUCAGAUCCCAGCUAAAACAACCGAACGCCGCACGAAAAACAUAUUCACCAAAACAUGCAUUUAAAAGACCGAUUGAUAUAUGGGGAAUAAAAUACCGAACGGUCGCCUAACUGAUGCUUCUACAACCUCAUGCUCUGCAUGAGGACAUCCAGCGUCCGUUAACUACCCAUAGAAAAGCAUGUAAACAUUGAUUUUUCUAUUGGGAGGGCCAAAUGCGCACGCACUUUAGCCACCGUGCCCCCCCAUCGGUGGAGAUGGAAUGCUGAACCAGAUGAGUACAGAAAGUUUUUUUUUUUUAACACUUUCAAUGCCGGGGGGUGGCAGAGGAAACUAGUGUAUUCCUUACACUAUAGAAACCCUUCAAUCUUUAACAUGCCGGUCCGGGGCCGCGAGGGAAGGGGAACAGGGGGCUAUAUUGUGUUAGAAAUACAAGUUAGGAAUACAGAUUUGUAUUCCUAACACUAUAGUAUCCCUUUAACCCCUUAAGGACCAAACUUCUGGAAUAAAAGGGAAUCAUGACAUGUCGUCCAUUGGUGGGACACUGAACCUCACUUUCCUCUGCAGCACCUUUUUUUAUUUUUUUAUUUAUUUAUUUAUUUAUUUUUUACCAUAUCAGAUGUGCACACUUCAAAAUAGCUGUACACUCACAUCACUGAAGCACAUACAUUAAUUAACUAACUGCACCCGAAUAUAAACACACUGGUACAUACACUUUUAGUUGGAUAAAUGCAAGGAGUUUCGGAGAUACAGCAUUCUGUCUCUGUGGUUGAGGACAAGCUGUCUGAGCUUGUUUCUUGCAUUUCUGCUUGAACUACUGAUCUACGCCUCAGGGAGAAUCUGAUGUCUUAACCCUUCCUCUGAGCUAUGAGCAGGGUGGAUUUUAUUUAAAUCAAGUAAUUUUUAACACUCUUUACAUCAUGAUUUUUAAACAUAUACACACAUUCUUGCUGGUUGCUAUAAUAUUUCAUAUUUGCCACCACAUGAAAACAUAAUAUUUAGAAUAAUAACUUUUAAAAUUCGUUUAGUAGUUAUCUGAACUGAUUUUCAUAUAUACCUUUAGAAAUAAAUAGAUGAUGAUAAUCAGGGCUCAAAUUUCAACUAGUCACUAGCUAUUUGUGAGUGAAAAUGUAGCCCUGGCGUGUAGAUAUUAUUAUUAUUAUUAUUAUUUUACUAUUUAUAUAGCGCCAGCAAAUUCCGUAGCGCUGUACAAUAGGUGGACUAAUAGACUCCACUCUGGCUGUCAGGAUACAUCAUGGGAGAGUGAAGGGACCACUAAAGGUUUCUGCUAUACAUUAGUCCAUCAGUUUCCUAAAUGGCAAUACCACUGCAGACUUGGACUAAGGAUUAGUAGAGCUCUGUGCUCUAUAAUCGCAGCAAGGGGAGGGAAACUAGAUGCAUAUAAAAUUAGAGGGGGAAAGAUUAGUUUCUAAAUCUUUGAAUGUAAAAUGUAUAUGGUCAACUAUAGGGAUAUUGUUGUUGAGGUAUGUGAAGGGGGGCUAUCAAGUUGAGAAUUUCACCCUUUUGUUUUCUUUUUCUGUUUCAGGCCAAGUGUUAGACGGUAAUCGGUCCCCAUGGAGACUGUCAUUUAUAACAGACCUGUUUUGGGGAAUUGCAGACUUUUUUGUCCUAUUGUAAGUCUUCUAUUUUUCACUGUAAUACAGUAUAUCAUUUUUAUAAGGAGACACUGCACUGGACAAAUAAAACAAAUAAACAAAUCACAGUUUAGAACAUAUAGCCCCCCUCACCACCAAAACCAUACAUGUAUUUAAUUAAGAACUUUGUUUAUUGAGGUAUCUAAACCAGCUUGCAAAGUUGUAGAUCUUUUAUCAGCAGCCUUUGCAAACCCUCCCCUUCUUCCCUAGCCCAGAAUGUUUGUGGCUGUCCAAUUACAGACUUCCCAAUGCAGCUCAAUAUGAACUGUUUGCAGAGCAAGCAUAUCUGGCAAUUGCCUGAUUCAGGAGUAUAGCCCAACUGAGCUAAACAACCAGGAAGUAAUAUGACCUGUUGUCUGAUUGAAGGUUAAUAUAUACAAGUACACGUUUAGUAAAAUUAAAAUAAUAUAAAAAAAGACACACUUUUCACACAUAAAGCACUCCAGCAAGCUAAAAGUGUUUCUUCAAAGGGAUAAUGUAAGCACUAUAACCAUAUCAUCUCAUUGAAUUGGUUAUGGUACCUGGGUCAGUCUCUCCAUUCCAUGUUAAAACAUUUUGAGUAUUACACUAUAAAAGUGUCUCUGGCCACCCACAGCUUGCACGUACUUGUUAUGAGGGUACUGUGAUAGACUGAAAAGUGUCAGCUGACACUGCUCAGGCUAAUGCUUCCAGUGCAGAGGGAUGGGCUGCUGAGGAAACUUGUCCACCAUUAAAACAUUAAUAGUGGUUUAACGCUGAAUAGGGCAACUGCUCCAAGGGACUAUAUCUUCUUUAAUAAGAUUAAGCAGUUACUUUGCCCCUGUGUCCCUUUCAGAGGCAUAUCAUGUAAUGUCUUUUGUUGAUUUUCCUUAAUUAAAGUAAAUUGACUUACAUGUUUAGUGCUUUAGUGCAAUUUGUCUGAGUCUUUCUGCACCCUCUUUUCUGCAACACUUUUUUUUUCUAUGAAAAGGCAUUGUUUACAUUAAGCUAUAAUGUAAAUAUUGGUUUUCACUUAGACAAUAAUAGAGGCGCAGUACUUACAUUCUGCGUGCUUAUGCGCCAAGCAGCAAUUAUUCUGGAGAUGCAUUAGUUAGUUUCAUCAGGAGAUUGCCCUAGUGUGAAAAUUGCUGCGCAUGCGUAAUAUGCCCUCCCAAUACUUCUCUAUGGAGUAGCAUUGAAUUCACUGAGAUCAUCAUUGGUGAUGAUCUCAGUGAAUUCAAUGCUUCUCUAUAGAGAGAUUUCUCAAAGCCUAAUUGAGGUGACAUUUCUGCAUGGGGUGCAGAAGCUUGUGUGUACAAUGGAUGGUAGAUAUGCUUACAUGAAGUUUACCCCUGUGGGUGCUGUUAUCUUCUGUCUUCAGUUCCUGCUGAUGUAUUUAGCAGGGGUUGUCGGUGUUGUAAUGUCACACAUGGAUAAGAGUACAACACUGAUAUCUGGGGAGGAUCCCAUAAGACCAUAGGUCUAUCAUAAAGUUUUAUUUUGACUGUGUUGGAAUUACAAUGUGAAUAUUGAUUUUUUGUUUUUUUUUUGAUGGGACAGAGACACUUUAAAUAUAGUGACAAGUAACCCUAAUGUUAAAAACAAACUGUAAAAUUAUAGUACCAUCUUAAGAUGGAAUAAACAUGUAUUCUCUCCUUUAUUAAUUUUGCUUUUCAGGUAAUUAUUGAGGCCAAAAGCUAUUAAAAAAAUAAAAUAAAAAAUCUUAUUUAUGCCUGAGCUAUACCGUUAACACAAUUGAUAAUAUUAUUUUUUUUGUUUCCUUUGUGUCCCAUCAUUUAAAGGCUCUGUAUUUUUUUCAAUCUGAUUUAUUCCCCACCCCUUUAAAAACAAAAAAACAAAAAUACAUGUUUGGGAGGGCCACAAAAUAAAUGGCAAAUUAUGCUUUGUAUAGUCUGUGUGACUCUGUGUAUUAAAUUAUAUAGGGGGAAUAUUAUAUUGAGCAUUAAACUCACAUUUACAUAUUCAUAUUUACAGUUUUAAGAGCAUACUUCAGCCCGACAUAUCGAGAAAAGGGUACUCCAACUCUAUAUCCAGCUCGCGAUAUGAUGACGGAAGAGGGUAUGGUUUCACUAUUUACAAAAAAUGUGACACUGUGAUUUUACGGUCUGUGUUUGUGAAUGUUUUCAUUUAUUUAUUAAAUAACUUAUGUAAAGUAUCAAAGUAUCGUUUUAGAACGGUUUGACUGUAGGGCUUAACUCUGCAUAGAGAGCUUCCAGCUCUCCAAAGGACGUAGUGAAGAGAUCUUGCAUAGAAGUAACUAUUGUUGAUUUUAAUAGAAUUUGAACCAAAAUUGGAAUUGCAUGCUUAACCUUUCUCUCUCUCUCAAUACGUGCACAAUAUAGUACACAACUAGUGAAGUCUCUCACACAUGGCAAGCCAGCAAACAUGGUCUCUUCUCAUUCUGGGAAGUUUCCACCCUACCUGAGUAGAAUGCUCUCCCCAGCUGUUCUCACCUCCUAUAACCUCCGAUCCAGUACUAGCACGAUAUUUAGCAUACCGCAAUAUAAAAAUAAAGUGGCUUGAUCCUCAUUUUCCUACAGAGCACCGCAAUUAUGGAAUAAACUCAGGGACACAGUCAAAUCUUCAUUCAAUCUAAAAUCUCUUAAGAGAUCUAUGGCAAUAUACCUCAAUACAGAAUGCACCUGUCAUGGUUGAAUAUAUUUAUUACCUGUUUUGUAUUAAAUUUAUAUAUGUAUCUGUGUGUGUGUGUGUGUGUGUGUGUAUAUAUAUAUAUAUCUCUAUAACAGAAAGAUGGACUGAUGCUGAAAGCUGCAUCCAUAAUUUGAUUUUUUUUUUUUUUUUUUAGCUUUUAUAGUUUGACAACUCCAACAUCAAUUCAGAAUUCCAAUAUUUGUUGCUUAGGGUCUUUAACAAACACAUGACAAGAAGUUUUUAUAUUUUGUGAUUACAUUUUUGCUUACUUGCUUACAUUUCAUUGAGGAGCAAAAUUAGUAAAUCCUGAAUAUAGGUUAGUGAAAGCUCCUCCUUUGUGUUUUCAGAAGCUUUAAAAGACCAUCAUUUUCUCUUAUCAGGUUGAAGAAAGUGUUUAUGCUUUAGUUCUAAUAUUCCAUUUUAAGUUAAUGUUUUGUUUGACUAUAUAUCUUUACCAAUUCAUUACAGGCCUCCUCCACCCCCUCGCCGUAGAAUGGGUAGAAUAAAUCAUGGAACAGGUCCAAAUGCGCCUCCAAUGGGAGGAGGUGGAUGAGGAAGGUACGUUCUUUCUUACAUCAUGGCCUGCAAUAUGUCAGUCACUGGCACAACUAUCUUAUUGGUACCGCAUUUCACUUUACUUAAAGGAUUACACCAACCAAAAAAACUAUCUUUUCAUAAAUCACUGGUUUUGGUUAGUUGGUUAGUCCUUUCCAAAAAGUAAAAAGGGGGGGCUAAAACUCACCUCUGUUCCAUCCUUUCUACAGUCUGAUCCUCCUUGUCUGUCGCACUCCCCCUUAUUAGAGUGGAAAGGAGGGCAGAGAGGAUGGACAGAGGGUAGAAAAGGGGGAGACAGUGGGGGGGCUGGGAUACCAUUGGCUCUCUAAUGCCAGCGUGCACGCAUCAGAUGCCAAUUUUGCACAGAACUGAAAUUAACCAGCCUGGAACUUUGUUGUUGGCUGGCUAAUGCCACUCCCACAGGUGUUCUUUUUAAUCAUUCAAUAAAUAACUGGUUGGGUUUGAAAGCAUAAAGGAGUCACUUGUUAAAAAGAAAGUGUUCAGUUUACGGCGCAGAAGUUGGAACUUCUCUAUCUAUUGUAUCAAUAGCUAUUGUUCAAAAGCCUUAAAAUUAAAGGAACACUAUAGUCACCUAAAUUAUUGUGACGAGACCAAUCUCGCCACUCUGCAUUGGAGGAGCCUGGUUGCCCGCCUGCUACCUUUAGACUAUGGCCCCAUGUUAAAACGCUUGAUUUUCCCCUGCAAAGACACGAAAACUAGGUCAGUCGGUACUUGCCUUAUUUGAACAGUGGUACCCCAGAUAGCUAUGCCAUGGAGCCCAUUCGUAUAACGAAAGACUUUGGCUCCAUGGCAAUUGAACUGUAUGUAUGUGAGCUGAGCACCAUUCAGUAAUAAUGUGCGCUCAGAUCUAAGCUACCUGGGGAUAUGUUGAAUGUAUCUGUUUUAUGCAAUAGCUGCACAGUUAUAUAUUUUUAUGUAUUUUAUUGUCUUUUGCUACCAUGUGUUCAAUGGAGUUUUGCCUCUGUCCUUGGAGAUAAUUGGAUUACUUCCCAAUUAUCUCGAGGAUAGAAGACUCUGUGGAACUGGUUUUGGGCAGAAAAGCCAUGCUUCAUUUGGUCACAAAGGACUACGAUCUAUCUUUUGAACCACUGGACCGAUUUGUAUGAUUUUGACGUAUGUUUGUAUUUGGAGUAUGCCGAUUCUGAAAAUGUGAAUGUGAUGCAUAGUUUUAACGUUAUGAAUAAUGUGGAAAAACUGUAUUUCUCUGCCUGUGAUAAUUUCAUUAACCCAUUGUGUUAGGUAAUUGUAUCACAGGCAGAGGGGAGGAUUUUGUGUGGGAGUGUCUAAGUGUAUUUCACGUGUUUAUUGGUUGUUUUGCAAAACUCUGUGGGUGGUACUAAUGUGUAAGAAUGUGUAUAUAAGAACAGUAAACCCACAGCUCUGUCUGUUCCUGCUUGACCCUCAAAACGGAGCCCUGUCUCGUUCUUGGGGGGAUUUACGGUAUGCUGUUCCAGUUCGACUGCUAGGAGUGUCAACCUAUUCGUAUGGUUUUUCCUAUUCAGCUGUUUACGGCAUUCAUAUGGUUUCCUGUUCGGCGGAUUGGUGUCUUUGGUAGCUGCUGUAUAUCUGCAAGGGGAAUAUCCUCUAAACGGCGGUUUAAGCCCUUUUAUGCCUGGGGUAGUGAUAUCGCGAACUUCCCCCGACAGGCUCGCCGCGGUGUAUAGAUUGGAGAAAAAACUAUUUUAAAAAAAUGUGUUUUCUCCCACCCGUCAAUCAGUGGGACUUGACCAGCAUAAAAGACCACCCACAGACAGAGAGCAGAAAAGACCUCUCACAGGUGGUCCUUCUGAAAUCCACACAUAGCAACUACAGUGCAUGCGCUGUCGAUGAUAUGAUAACUCUUUAACUGACGUUGGGCUUAGGAGUAUAAUAAUUGACUGACACCACUUCAUUCAGACGUCAGCAUGCCAGUGUGUCAGCGUGCCAGAGAAAGUUUGCCCUUCUUGGAAAUGUGUCCCCAAGCAGGGCAAAUCAUUGAUGACCGCAGGAUGAAAUAGGGCAGACCCGAGGGGGAUGUUACAAAAGUGUAAAAUCCUAUUCUGUGAGUGUAUAUAUAGCAGUGCUGUAGCAGAGGAUGAGAUGAGUAAUGGCAGACAAGGUUUGUGGCUCAAAAGAGCAGUCUUACUUAGUGUGCCAAAAGAAGUGGAAGCACUUUUGCAUAUUAACAGUUUUUUUUGUAGCUCUUAUAUUGUACUGAACAAAGUUUGAUCUUUGAAUUAGAUUUUUGUCACAUUGUAAGGUAUGAUGAUAUUUAUUAAUAAUAUACAUGUAUAUUUUUUUUGUAGGUAAACGCCUGCUCUUGGUAGCAGGCAUCCAGAGAGGGGCAUUGAGCAGCGCUCUUUGAAGUGGAAAGUUCAUCUCACUGUGAAUGUCUCUCUCGACCUGUAAAAAUGCUCUGCAGCAAUGCGGAUUAAUGAUGUUCUACUGGGAAUUCCCUCUCCAGGAUCCAGUCUUAACUGAUCAGCAUGUGUACAACUGUAAAUGUGUCCUUUGUAUGAAACCUGCAGUCUGCAUGCCAUAAACCUAAAUAGCAAACAGAUUGUGAAAAGUUAUUUCAGACUGUUGUUUUUUUGUUUUUGUUUAGUAUAUCAGAGAUCCUUUUGGAUCAGUGCAGUGCCCCCCUAGUCUAAAUAUAGUGGGGUUUUUGAAGUCCAGCAGCAGGAAGCUGUUUGUCAGCUCCAUCCUAGAUGCUUUUCUUGCUGUUAAUUUGUGACUCUUGUGAAUAAGGACAAAGAUGUCCUAGAAAUAGUCUACAUCAACAUACUUUAAAUAAACUCAUGUGAGAAAGAUGUAUGAAGUAGACUGUCCUACAGAGAGGUAGCAGCUUAUGGUGCAUAUCAGAAUGCUUUAGUGGGGUGUAGCCAAAGUCAGUUUAUUUUUGGUCUUUCUGCCAUUUUGUCAACAUUUUUUUCCCUGUUCAAUAACAAUAAUGGAAGUUACAACAAUUUUAAGAUACAUAUUUAUUCUGUUCUAACUGCUUUGAUUAAUAUAUAUAUAAUAAUUUUUAAACAGAAAAACAAUUGCUUGCUCUUUCCCACUUUAUUUGAAAUUUUGAAGUAAAACGUUUUGCAUCACA